CCACAGACUGACUAGCAAGAUGAGAGGGACUGCAGACCCUAAAGUGAAGACCGAGACCACGACGAGGGGUGACUACAGUCUCGCUGAGUUUGAGAUUCACUAAAAACACAGUUUAGUCAAAGGACACGGCAGCAGUCAUGGCUCAAGCUCUGGACAUUGAUCGCUGGAAUCUGGAGUGUGAGUUCAACAACACCGACCAUCGCACUGAUCUCAACGGAGUAGAUCGUCUGAUCGUGAGAAGAGGCCAACCGUUCUCAAUCAGCCUGUACCUUCGCUCCGGAAUCUACCAACCGGGAGACAGCUCUCUUGACUUCGUUGCAGAGACAGGUCCUCAGCCCUCUGAGCAGUAUGGCACCAGGGCUUCCUUUGGUCUGUCUGCCAACAUUGACACUUCCCGUUGGAGCGCCACUGUCACCAGCCCCCCCGGAGACAUGGUGGCCCUGUCCGUCUGCUCUGCUCCUGACGCACCAAUAGGCCGCUACACCCUGACCUUGGGGCAAUCAGGCCAGAUUGAGUUUGUCCUGCUCUUUAACCCUUGGUGUCCAGGAGAUGCAGUAUACAUGGACAAUGAGCAGAGUUUGGCAGAGUAUGUCUUAUCUCAGGAUGGAAUCAUCUUUCGAGGCAGCUACAAAUAUCCCAUAUCUACUCCCUGGAACUUUGGCCAGUUUGAAAGUGGGAUUCUGGAAAUCUGUCUGAGGAUUCUGGAUAUGAAUCCUAAAUGUCUGAAAAAUCCUGGCAAAGACUGCUCAGGGAGGAGAAAUCCCAUCUAUGUUUCCAGAGUGCUUAGUGCCAUGGUAAAUUGUAAUGACGACAAAGGGGUUUUGCUGGGAAAAUGGACAGAUGGCUAUGAAGGAGGUGUCAGCCCAAUGUUCUGGAGGGGCAGUGUGGAGAUAUUGCGUAACUGGGACACACAAGCCUGUCAGCCUGUUCGUUACGGACAGUGCUGGGUGUUUGCUGCAGUGGCCUGUUCAAUUUCCCGAGCUCUUGGCAUCCCCUGCCGAGUUGUCACCAACUACCUUUCGGCCCACGACAACAACAGCGACCUGGUGAUCGAACGAUACAUUAAUGAAAAUGGAGAACUCAUUCAGUCUAGAGAAAUGAUCUGGAAUUAUCACUGCUGGGUGGAAAACUGGAUGACGAGGCCUGACCUAAAAUCUGAUUUUAAUGGUUGGCAGGCCAGUGACCCUACACCUCAGGAGAAAAGUGAAGGAGUGUACUGCUGCGGCCCCAUCCCUGUCAAGGCCAUCAAGGAGGGCGAGCUUGCUUUCAAGUACGAUGCCCCGUUUGUCUUUGCUGAGGUCAAUGCGGAUGUCAUUACCAUCAUGAAGAAAAAAGAUGGCAACACAUCAAAAGUCACUAGCACUACAGUGGUGGGCCAAAAGAUCAGCACAAAGAGUGUUGGCAGUGAUACCAGAGAGGACAUCACUCAUCUCUACAAGUACCCCGAAGGCUCGGAUGAAGAGCGGGAGGCUUUCAAGAAGGCUAACCACCAAAACAAGCUGCUCCAGCAGCAGGAAAAUGAAGGCCUACACAUCACUAUCAAGGUCAGCUCAGACAUGAGGAAGGGCUGCGACUUUGAUGUGUUUGCUGUGGUUACAAACAACACGCAAAGCGAGAAGAAGUGCCGCCUGGUGUUUGGGUCCUGCGCUAUGUCCUACAAUGGGUUUCUGGGAAAGAAUUGUGGUUUUAAAGAUCUGCUCAAUGUUGAACUUUCCCCAGGAGAAGAGAGGCGAGUUCCACUAAGGCUCAACUACUCUAAAUACGGUGUCUUACUCACUGAGGACAACUUAAUCCGACUUGCUGUCCUGUUGAUGGACUACUCAACCCAAGAGACAACCCUGGCAGUGAGGAACAUUGUGCUGGACAAUCCUGAAAUCAAAGUCAGAAUCCUGGGUGAACCAAAGGAGAAUCGGAAGUUGGCUGCAGAGAUCACCCUCAAAAACCCACUGCCAGAGCCGCUGGAGAACUGCUGCUUCAGCAUCGAGGGGGCCAACCUCACUGCAGGACUCGUCAUCUCUGAGAGGUUACUUGGCUCCUCAGUGGGACCUGGGGAAGAUGCCAAGGUGAAAAUGUACUUCACUCCAACCCAUUCUGGGCUGAGAAAGCUGGUGGUCGACUUUGACAGCAACAAGUUGUGUCACGUCAAGGGCUACAGAAACGUCAUCAUUGGAAAAUAAAUACUUUUAACCUUUACAAGCCAUUCUUCAGCAGUACUGUUACUCUUUUGUAAUGUUUAACUGUUCACCCAUCUAAGGAUACGUACUUGCACCCUCUUUUGCAGUGUUAAUUCAUAAAAUGCUUU